CUAAAACCAGUCCACAGGACAGGUUAAUUAUUCCAAAGAUACGUUUGCCGACGCUUUAUAGGUUGCACGUUUGGGAACCAGGGUAGUCAGCAGACAAGCGUGUGUGCAGAAAGUGUGUGUUUUCUCGCAGUCAUGGCUAAGCUGGUGGAAUGUGUACCCAAUUUCUCAGAAGGGCGUAACAAGGAGGUCAUUGACACCAUUGCUGAUGCCGUCUCUGCUACGGAGGGCUGCAGUUUGCUGGAUGUCGACCCAGGGUCUUCAACAAACAGGACGGUGUACACUUUUGUGGGCCCACCUGCGGCUGUCAUCGAGGGGGCACUGAACGCCGCCCGUGUCGCGUUUAAACUCAUAGACAUGACCAAACACUCAGGCGAACAUCCUCGGAUGGGUGCGAUGGACGUGUGUCCUUUCAUACCAGUGCAGAACGUCAGCAUGGAGGAGUGUGUACAGUGUGCCAAUGAAUUUGGCCAGAGAUUGUCAGACAUGCUGAAAGUGCCAGUCUAUCUCUACGGAGAGGCGGCUAGAAAAGAGAGCAGAAGGUCACUUCCCUCCGUCCGUGCUGGGGAAUACGAAGCAUUACCAGAAAAGCUUUGAAAAAGCGAAUGGGCUCCUGAAUAUGGUCCCGCCACCUUUGUGCCUUCGUGGGGCGCCACGGUCACCGGAGCCCGAAAGUUUCUCAUUGCCUACAAUGUGAAUCUUCUGAGCACAAAGGAACAGGCUCACAGAAUCGCACUGGAUAUUAGAGAACAGGGCCGUGGGAAAGAUCAGCCUGGGCUGCUGAGAAAGGUUCAGGGAAUGGGAUGGUACCUGGAAGAGUCCAACCUGGCUCAGGUGUCCACCAACAUCCUGGACUUUGAGGUGACGCCCAUGCACACGGUGUAUGAGGAGAUCUGUAGAGAUGCCAAGGAUUUGAAUCUUCCAGUGGUGGGGUCUCAGAUAGUCGGUCUGAUUCCUCUGAAGGCGAUGCUGGAGUGUGCCGAUUUCUACAUCCAAAAAGAAAAGCUCUUCGUUGUGGAAGAAGAGCACAAAAUCCGAUUGGUUAUCAGCAAAUUAGGGCUCGACUCUUUGGGGCCGUUUGUUCCAAAGGAGAGAAUCAUAGAGUAUAUGGUACGGGACAAUCAGGACAAUGGCCGGCUAGUGUCUCUGUCUCUACAGAAGUUUGUCCACAGCGUUGGGGCCAGAACAGCAGCUCCUGGUGGAGGGUCCGUUUCUGCUGCAAUCGCUGCUAUGGGUGCUGCUCUGGGCUGCAUGGUCGGUCAGAUGACGUACGGGAAGAGGCAGUUUGAAUCUCUGGAUGCGGAAAUGAGGAAACUCAUCCCUCCAUUUCAUGAAGCUGUGAACGACUUAUUACUAAAAGUGGAUGCUGAUUCAACAGCCUUCAACAGCUACAUGGCCGCUCUGAAAUUGCCCAAAGGCACACCUGAUGAAAUCAAAAGGAGGGAGGAAGCCAUGCAAGAGGGUUUGAAGGCGGCAGUGGGUGUCCCUCUGUCUCUGGCAGAGAGAAUAAACACACUGUGGCCCAUUCUCAAAGAGAUGGUGAAGUAUGGAAACGUGGCAUGUAAAUCAGACAUUCAGGUGGCAGCUAAAGCUUUGGAAACAGCCGUAUUUGGAGCGUAUUACAAUGUUAUUAUAAACCUGAAGGAUAUCCCGGAUGCUUCGUUUAGGGCUGCCACUGAAGCAAAAGUGUCUGCGCUGUUAAAGAACGCCAGAGAGAAUGCUAACGUAGCACUGCAGAUGGCUGACCAGCGGAAAUGAAGCAGACUGUAAUUCACACCAGAUCUAUAAAGACAAACUGAUACUAUAAAAUUCUCUGGUGCAUGACCUAUAGACUUCAUUGUAGGAGCAUCUCACUGUGUCGUUCCAAACCCGUAAGACACAAAUUAAGAUAUUUUUGAUGAAAUCCGAGAGCGUUUUGACUCUGGAUGAACUACCAAGUUCAAAAAAAGUAUUCUUGUAGCUUCAUAAAAUUACGGUUGAACCACUGUGUUUCCUAGACUAUUUUAUCAAUGUAGUUGCAUUGCUGUCUAUGCAAGGUCAGAAAGCGCUCAGAUUUCAUCAAAAAUAUCUUAAUCUGUGUUCUGAAGAUGAAAAGGUCUUAUGUGUUUGGAACAACAUGAGGGUGAGUAAUUAAUGCAGAAUUUUCAUUUUUUGGGUGAACUAUCAAUUUAAGGAUGGCUUUUUGGCAAAAACAAAUCUUGCAAACUUACACUAAAGGUGUGACAAGAAUAACAGGGUGCUUCUUUUGACAAUAAGCAAACAGCCAGAAGAUCAUAGCAACAACUUUUCAAUGCACUGGCAACCAACCAAAUAUUUUAGGAUAACAGCAGCGAGGUUUGCACAGACAAGCAGCUCUCAUAUUUCAAUAGACAAUCCAGAAAUACCUUUCUUGCCACUUCCAACAAACUAAUUUAAAGUGAGUGACAAUGUAAUAAGUGAAGCAAUUGCAGUGCAACACUUUAUAGGUAUGCAAACGAGCCUGAUAUUUUUCAUUAAUUAAAACAGAGUUGUGGUUUGUGGUGUCAUAUUCUGAAUAAUCUGACUCAUCCUGUGUCUAAAUCCAAGGUAGAUCUUAUAGUUGUAAUGAUUGGUCAUUAUGUACACUAACAUGCCUCCAAUAAACUGAUCAAAUAACCAACAGA